AUGAAAGUAAGCUCAAGAAAUCUCACCAAUGGUCUUCACCCAGUCUUAGGUGACGGUGGAGGCAUGUUUUCCAUCCCAAGUUUUCCAUCGGAUGACUCUGAAAUGUUUGGUGGCAAUCCAAUGACUGUGGACCCGUCGUCUGCUGCAAUGCUACGAGGUCAGCAUUUAGCUAAAGGAAGCAGUCGGUCAUCAUGGUACGAAGAUAAUGUCUUGUCUAAACGUUUGAGCUGCUACGAAAUCAUUCGCUUGUUCUUUGACUCGCUAUUGCUUAUGGUAAUUGCGACGGGCAUCGUGUUGGCCGCCUAUUUACCCGUAGACGUUGAACACGGCUUGCGUUAUGGAGUAACCUUACCAUAUCUCUACGCUGUUUUUGUAGCUAUUGCAGGCUACGAGUUUGCAUGGUUAGUCUAUCUUGUACGUUUAAAGCUCUUUUUGCCUUUCAAGUUAUAUAAAAAGCAGACAUCAAGAGAAAUGUACACACAGAUUAUCCCCUGUGCAGUCGAUCUGGAAACAUGUGCCAUCACGUCUAUGGCUGAUAAAAUGUUUUGUGGAAGUAGAGUAUUUGCGGCGGUUUGCAUCUCGAUCGUCGCUACGGGAGGAGCAGUGGGGUUGUGCUAUGUGCCGGGAAGUACGGACAUGCCCAUAAUUUACAUUGGAGUUUGUACCUUUGUCGGCAUGUUGUCAGCUGCCUUGACGCCCAAUAUACCAACAGCACUGUGCGUGCUCAUUCGUUAUGCGUAUUUCUUCCUGUCAUCACUAAAUGUGGUACUACGCAGUAAUGCGAGCAAGUCGGGUGUUUUUCAUAGUACUGUCAGUGGCAAUGAAAGUGGCUCGAUCAACGGUUAUAGUGGUGGACCAAACAGUCGGCGUGCUAUGGAUAAAUAUUUGGCAGUGGUAGUGGAGUCCUACUCGCUGUUGCUACUGAGUGUGUGCCUGUUGUUGAUUGUGCGUGCUGUAACGAGCAAAGACUCGAUGGAUUCGGCUCUUAUGAUCGUGCUAGAUGGCGCCGGUUUGCUUUACCUCAGCUGCUCUUCAGCCGUACUGCAGCUUUUCGAGCAAUCGACUCGAGUUCAUGCUAGCGGUGCAUUGGCAGGAUUUUUUGUCAUUGUGUGGAGUGCUGAGUUAGGAGCGUUUCUCACUGAGCGUAUUCUAAAAGUCGUACAGUAUCCGUGGAUACAUCCAUUGUCGAUGGUGUCAUCUCAGCAGAAUAUUGAAAAGAUGGUUGGGGCAAUCGGUUACGCAGUCGGUGCUGCGGUCCUCCUUCCCAAUUUCGUCGAGUUUGACAUGGACAGCAAAUUUGUCGCAUUCGUAAGCGCUGCUGCUGUGGUAUGUGCCCAUGUUGGCAAACUUUUUCUUGUGAGUCUUAAGAAAAUUGCCAAAGUUUCUAAAACGGGAUCAUAUUUACGUGUAGGCGGUGGUGUCCUUGAUCGCCUCGAUACACUGCUCUUUAUGGCGAUUGUUUUUGCUCCGUUUUUCCAUCGUGCUGUUUAUAAUCAACCACAGUGGUGA